AUGAACUCCUCGAUCGCUUUGGCAUUGUUCUGCCUACUAUCCAUGCACUUUGGUUGCCCUACGGCCAAGCCUGCCACCGACAACGAUGAAGAAAUCAAAGACGUCAAAGAGUAUUUGAAGCGAUUCGACAACUUGGAUGUCGACCAGAUACUAUCGAGCGAUCGCCUAUUGGACAGUCACAUCAAAUGUUACCUCAACACGGCUCCGUGUAUUCCUAUUGCCAGAGAUUUGAAGAGUGAGUAUAUAUUACACGUACCUACAACAGAAAUCAUUUUUUAUUAAAUUAUUAUUCCCUAUUCUUUUUUUUCCUGGUAAUCGGCACUUGAUAUUUUCUUAGAGUUUCUCCAUCGUUGACCUACUUCCAUUUCUCAUGGCCCUCGCGUCUAUUUCGUAAUCUCAACCGAUCGAGGGCCACUUCAACGACAUUCAGUCAUCUUUCCCUGAGUUAGCCUAGGAUUAGCCAAACUUGGUCCUUUUUCCAAUGGUUUUCAAAUUUCAACUGCUUUACUUAUUCUGUUUUCCCCGUGUUCUCUUACGUGAAGCUUAUGAUACUGAUGAUAAUGCGUAUACUUCGUGUGAUGUUACAAUUACUAGAGCCGGCGUGAGGGUAGACGACUCAGACAGUUGUCUAGGGCACCGAAUUUGCUUUUUAGGUAGUAUUAUUUUUUUGAAUAAAUGAAAUAGUUUAGUAGUGAAACAUUGAUAAUUAUAGUUAUUUCGAUUAGCCGUAUAUUAAAAUAGUAUAAGUAUAUUUUUAGUUUAUUUCCUAUGGUUUAACGUAGAAUGUUUGUCGUAUAAUAUAAAUAUAAAAUCCCCGAAUAUUUGUUAUCGUUUAAUCGUUAAAAAUUUUUUUUUUUUUGGACGAUAAUAAAUAAUAUACAUAUUAAUUGGUGAGCAAAUUUAAUUUUUCAAUAGUUCUGUCCAUUUUUGGCAUUAUGUUAUGGGUUUUUGUAUGAAAAAGGCGCCAAUUGGCAUAUUGGCCUGGGGUGUCGUUUAAUAUUACGCCGGCCCAUGAGUCAAUAACGGUAUAAUUUGGUGUUUUUCAGAAGCUUUGCCGAUCGUGGCUUCCAACGGAUGUAAAGAUUGCAACGAAAUACAAAUUAAAAACAUCAAGAAAGCUCUCCUCCAUGUGAAGACGAAAAGAGUCCCGGAAUGGAAUCAAAUGGUCGCAUUGUACGACCCGACGGGAACAAAUCUCAGCAAGUUCCUCAAAGACUAAGAAUGAGGCGUAUCUAGCUGACAGAAAAAAAAAAUAAUAUACCGAUUACAAAAUGGAUCGGUGCAUCACCAGUUUAGCUUUUUUAAGUUUAUAAAGUUACGAUUUAAUAAAUAUACUGCGUGUAGUUUAUUAAAAUAUUCUAUUUUAGAGAAACCUUAUUAUAACUUUUAACUAUCGUAGUUUUAUGUAAGUUUUAUUUUCUUUUUAUCUAUAACUUACUUUUGAUUUGUUUAAUGUAUGUACAAUAAUACUUAUCAAUGUUGUAUUCUACAUAGAUAUUACAUUAUAUAAUAAACUGUUUUUCUUUUUUUCUUUUGAUUUUAAAUACAAAAACACUUCCGAUUAAUAGAAUUUGUGUGUUUGUGUUUUAUUUGAUUUUACACUUCAUUACUCUGGCUUGUGCCAUAAUUACGUUUUUGGUCGCCCCUGCAUGCAUAAGAACAGAAUAUGUGUACAACACACUGGAAUUUUGAACAAUCGAAUUGCUCGCUUUAGACAUUUUUUAUCACUGUAGAAUGUACUGCGCCUUGCCGAACGAAUGUGAAUCGUGCGAGUGUUAAAUUUAAUUAUAAAAAAAAAUUCCGAUAUCGCAUGUUACAAUUCGUGGUCGAAAAAUAAACACGCGUACUCAGUAGGUUGUUACACCGGGUAAACGUUCCAUUGCAUCAUAAAUAAAAAAAUUAUACAAUAAAUUAUGAUUUAUAGUUUUGCAACAAUAAUAUUUUCAUUAUUUAUUUAUGCACAUUAUAUUAUUAUUUCAGAAUAAAUUAUUACUGAACUAAUCAAACUGUCUUCGGGCAAUGAGAAUUCUUAUUAGUCGUCAUAACAACGUUAUUUUUAAUGCACUUAUAAUAGAAAAACAAAACAUGUUUUACAGGUGAUUACAUAAAUUGUUUUAUGCGAUUUUUUUUUGAAAAAAUUAUAACCGGAGAUAAUACGAAUAAAGGUAACGAGCGCACCGUUUUCCGAAAACCCUUAAAUAUAUAGUUACACCGACUUUCGUGUGAGAAUCCCUGAGCUGCGGUAUUCAAAAGUGCAUAACGUACAUGAAAAAACAAUAAAUUAUUACUCGUGUUGAAUAAUAUUGUAGGAUAAGGAUAACACAUUUGUAAAUUAUAAAACAAAGUUACGAACUACCUAUUAUGUAAAUAAAAUACAGCCUUCUGUCACAUUUGUUACGUAAACGUCCUCAACACUACGCAUUUAGGCGCCACUAAACGCAGUUCAACUUUAGUCAUCGCGAUGGUAAAAAUAUGUUGCGCGCAACAUUGAGAAAACAACUCGAUUUUAAUAAAAUGACCCGAAAUAUUCUAAAUGCAAAAAAAUAAUCGUUUUAUAAAAAUAACGCGAUACCCGCGUGUGCUGUUUUCCAAACAGUGAAAACGUGUAGGAAAAUUUAAUUUUUUGUUUUUGUGUACGAAAACGUUUUUAUUUUUUUUCCGUUUAAAAACUCAACUUUUCGACUGAAUAAGACAGUAUACUGGGAAAUUACGUCUUUAUAAGAAAUAUAAUACGUUUAGCACUAAACAAUACUCCCGUCAUCCGUGUGUACUCGAACGAACAAAGGAGAGAUACUUUAAAAACGAUAUAAGUUUACAAUUUAGAUUUUAAUAUAGCAACCUCCCCCUUUUCAAAUGCACAUCCCGUUAGAUUAAGGUCGAGAUAAGGUUAAUUGAUGAACUUAAUAACCAUUUAUAGAUCAUAGUUCUUCCCUACUUCUCCGGUUUAAAUAUUGAACUGGUAUAGGUAAUUCGUAAACAAUGUAAGCGUUAUAAAUACCUAUCAAAAUCGUUUAAAAACUAAUAUCUAUUCGACAUUUUGUUUAACGUAGUGUUUUCCGUUUGAAAUAUACACUGACAUAGACAGUGGCGUGGCGUAGAGUCGUCAGAGGUGUAAGCAAUCCACCGAAAAUUGUAUCUACCUGUACCUGUACCAUUUUUGUUUAAUACCCCUAAAAAACUGCUCUCAAUUUAUACUAUUGUUUUUUUGUCUUAUAUCAGUUCAAUAACCUUUUAUACUUUGUGAUUUCACCUCUGAAAAUGUGUCAAAAACUGUUGGUUAUAUCGUAAGUAUUAAUGACAAUAUUUAUAUUUUUAAUAAAUGAACACUUUACUAACAGUCACGUGUUGGAUAAUUUGAAAUAACAAACGGAAUAAUAUUUUUCGAUUGCCUAUAAUUUGCCUAUAAUUCACAACAUUAUAAUUAGGUACCAAGCACACAGAUUACCGUCCGACGAUAGUCCCGGUGUCGUUCGAACGCAAUGUGUGAAGUAAACAUAACAUAACGACGCCGAUUAAAAUGUAAAACCACUAUGGUUGGUCGUGUAACGCGUACGAUAAUCGCUGAAAUGUCAGCGCCGCCACACCUCAUAGUAAUUCGAAUGCGAUUACUUUUGGGCGUGCUAUAAACUGCGAAUAGUCACGUGCACAGAAACGAGAAAUGGGAAUCGGAAUCGCUUACACGCACGUCCGGUGCAAUAUCGUUUCCGGUAUUCGUAGAAUACGCAUUGCGGAACAGAAGAACCGCGCGCGGAGGUUCGGGCCGCGUUUUGCGAACGGAAUGCGUUCGGCGCGGAUUAACGUGCGCGCAGACACGAACCGACGCUACCGACGGCCGAAACGCGGUAAACAAACGAUAACGAUGUUCAUUUCGGAUUACCGAAUUGCAAAUCACAAUGCCACAGAAAAAUAAUACCGCCAACGGAAUGUAACGACUAUGGAUAAUAAUGUAUUUCAAUUUAAUUUUCACGUUAUUUCACAUCGAUCGUUCGAUUUUAAUAUGUUCGUUUAAAAAUAUACUCGUAACGCAUUAACAACCGGCCACGCGGGCUUUUACGCGGGCCACGCCACUGGACUGUAAUGGGUUACACACAUUACUCGCCAUCAUCGAUAUAGUAGACAACGUAAACCCCAUACGUAAGGCGUACCGUAAUAUUCUUGUCUACAUCACGGGCGCAAAAAAUGGCACUUUUAAUUUUGACGGUGUGACACUAUAGAAUAUAAUAAAUUCUUGUUGUUUUGAAUUUGUUAACAGUCAAAAUUUGAAAAAUAAAUACAUUUUUUUUCGUUUUUUUUUUUUUUUUUUUAAAUUUUUACAGCUUAUGUUUUCCGCCAUAAAUAUUAAUCCAAUAAAAGAACAUUAGCAGAUUUAUUUUUUGAAUUUUUAAUCUAGUUGGUGAAAAAGAAAGUCAUGUUUUUACAGUUUUUUUCUUAAUAAUUGAGCAAAAGCGAAAAUACGUAAAAAGAACGGGAAAAUUUACAAAAAUAAUUCUUUUAUUAUUUUUAGUUUUAUUUUUGUAAUUUGAUCCAGUUAAAGAUAAAUACGGAUACUUGAAAUUCUGGCCGAAAACUUACAUAUAAUUUUGUCAGAUGUGGUAAAACUUUCAAAACAUUUGAGCCAUUUUUUUGAGCUAUUUAUCGACAUUUUAAUUUUGUGAGUUGUUAUGUAAUUUUUAUUCGGUAUAGAUUCCGUAGAAAAAUUGUAAGAUUUAACAAAACUGUUUGAAAAUUUAAUACCUAGGCGAUUAUUAUAAGUCGUACCUACUUAGUGGUUAAAACAAAAAAAAAACAGUUUAAUGUAGUAUUUUUUUUUUUUAUAAGAGUUUUAAAAUCAAACAUUGACGAAAAUCGUAAAUAUUAUGACCUCUCAUAACUCGUUUUACCAAACUUCGUUUUGAAUUAUUUGUCGUUAUCAAUGGCUUUUUGUUAGUUAAAGGUAUAAAUUAAAUAACUUUAUAAAUCCCAUCUCCCUUUAUGAUCGCACCCGUGUCACAGUGGUCCGAAUCGUAAUUUAACUUGCCUAAAUUUAUUAACCUUAAAUUUUAACUGAUACGAGAGUCAGAUAAUGUGAGGACCCAAAUUUUAAAUUCGCUUUUAAAUUGACCCAGGGCUGUAUUAAGAGAUUUUGCGCCCCCGGGCACAACAUUUAUGACGCUAAUUUUUAACAUAAAUUUUUUUUAUUAUUAUAGUAGUGGUGGGUAAUUUUUUUUCCACUGGGGGCCAUAAAAUAAAUUCAGUUUUUGUGUCUUUUUCUCGCUGAUAAUUUAAUUCUCUCUGUUAAGUUUUAGCAAUUUUAACUUAAUAUGCAUUCUCUACACAUUUUUAAUAGUAGGUAUACUAUACAAAAAAAACACAAUUCUCUAAUUUAUAACUUAGGUACUGUCUACCUAAAAUCUACUAUUGCACACAUAAUAAUGAAUGAUAUACAAUUAAUAACAUUUAAUAUAAUAAUAUUUAUGUUUAUUUUACAAUUUUUUUCUUGAUUGAAUAUCGGCAAAAUUAUCUAUAAUGUUUUCAUAUUUAAUUUAUUUUGUUAUGUCUGCUUCGAUAUUUAUUAUCGCAAGUGCAUUUAAUCUCUUUUUAGACAUUUUUGACCUAAAAAUAUGUUUUUACACGACGUAGAGUUAAUAAUGAUUUAAUUUAAGAAAAUUCAUUUUUGUAAAAUAUUUUAAAAACAGUUUCUACAACUCUCACAUUUUACAUUUUGGGGUUCAAGACUAGUUUUAGUCAUUAAUUGUCAUCUUCAUUCAAUAAUUCCAAACUGUAUAAAGUUGCUCUUACAUGAACCUUCAGUAGAUCCAAAUAUUUUAAUACGUUCCACUCCGUCGGCACCUCGUUAAUAAAAUAAUAAAAUAAUUAUUAUAUAUUUUCUUUAAAAAUAUUUGUGUAAUAUUGUACCGAUUUCCCCGUUUUUCCUGGUUUUCCCGUGUUUUUCCUGGUUUUUAACAAUUCCUGGGAAAACUCUUAGAAAAUCGAAAAACUACCUUCUUAAAGUACCUCCCCAGUUAUAUCUAAUUAUAAUAUUAUUACGGAGGUUGAUUAUAUUAUAUCAAUUAACAUUUAUUCUUUUCAGUAUAAAAAAAAAGUGGUAAAUAUCAUUUUAAAAUCAAUAAUAAAUUAUUGCUGCAGACGAUUUUUAAAACAGAAAAUAUUCCAAUCUGUAAUCCAUCAGCUAAUUAAAAUUCGUUAGCAAGCAAGCCAUCGAAAAUUUUCCGAUUGCCCGAUGGAAUAUUCCGUCCCUGAACAUAACUUAAAAUAAACAUCAACACAUUCUUUAAUAAUAUUCAAUACUUAAUAAUGUUGAUCAUAUACAUUAAUAACCAAAUCUUUAACAUUAUAUAUUAUAACUUAUAAUAAACUAAAUCAACAUACCUUCUAAUUAAUUACAAAUAAAUUUCAGAGUAUCAACAAUAUACUUUCACAAUAAUAACAUAACAAUAUGCUAUUUAAAAUUUGAGCCAUUUUUUUGAACUAUUUAGCGUUUUUUUUAAUGUUGCAAGUUUUUACGUUAUUUUUAUUCAAGAGAAACUUUUAAUAAAUUGUAAGGCUUAACACAAUUGUUUGAAAAUUUAAUAGAAGGUUAUUAAUCGUACUUCGAAGUCAAAACAAACAAAUUUAUUUUAAUGUAGUAAUUUUUUUUUUUAUACGAGUUUUAAAAUCAAAUUCUGACGAAAAUCGUAAAUAUUACGGCCUUUCAAAACAUGUAUUUUUAUUUUCGUAUCAAAUCAUUUUUCGUUAUCAAUGGUUUAUCGUUGGUAGCAGGGAUAAAUUAAAUAAUUGUAUGUAUCUCACGUUCCCCACUACCCACCAAAAACAGUAGCCGCGCCCGUACCCGUAUCAGCUCAUCUUAGAGGGAAUACAUUACUAUUUACCGAUGUAAUAUUACACGGUUUUUUAUUGUAUUUUUAUUUUAUUUUGUUUUAAUGAAUUAUUUAAUGUAUAAUUUUCGUGAGUAUAGAUCGCAUACACCGAUAAUUUGACGGCCGCUAAAAUGGGGUCCGUCAUACGAACCGUGACGCGAUUUUUCAUAUAUAAAGACGAUCGACACGGCAUAACAGACAACAAAAGUCCGCCAGACCACUAAAAAGUACACACGGUACCUGCAGUUCACAAGAAAUCGCUUCAGAGACGGAAUUUCAGCUAAAUAUAUCUAUACGUCGUCAUCAUCAUCAUCAUGAAAUCCUCGAUCGCUUUGGCAUUAUUCUGCCUACUGUCCAUGCAUUUUGGUUNUUUGACAACUUGGAUGUCGACCAGAUACUAUCGAGCGAUCGCCUAUUGGACAGUCACAUCAAAUGUUACCUCAACACGGCUCCGUGUAUUCCUAUUGCCAGAGAUUUGAAGAGUGAGUAUAUAUUACACGUACCUACUACAGAAAUCAUAUUUUAUUAAAUUAUUACUCCUAAUUCUUCUUCUUUCCUGGUAAUCGGCACUUGAUAUUUUCUUAGAGUUUUUUCCAUCGUUAACCUACUUCCUAUGUGAAAUUAAUUUUUCUGCUGGUAAUACCUAUACUUUGUGUGAUUUAGAAAUAACAAAAUUAUUUUCUGUUGUUCAGGAGCUUUGCCGAUCGUGGCUUCUAACGGAUGUAAAGAUUGCAACGAUAUACAAAUUAAAAACAUCAAGAAAGCUCUCGCCUAUGUGAAGACGAAAAGAGCCCCGGAAUGGACUCAAAUGGUCGCAUUGUACGACCCGACGGGAACAAAUCUCAGCAAGUUCCUCACAGACUAA